AUGUCAGUUGAAAAAACAGGUGUAUCUCAUAUUGAAGAGUUGGAAGAUGUUAAGCCCAACACCUCCCACAUUGAGGUAGGGACAGACUUGAAAAAGUCUGACUCUGAAUUGGUAAUGGGUGAAAUUGAAGAAGAACCAUACUAUGUUGAUUUACCAGAGUCAUUGCGUGAUUUAACCCAAGAUGAGUUGAAGACAUUAGACAAAAAAACCACAAGAAAGAUUGAUUUAAGAUUGAUGCCUAUGUUGAUUUUUAUAUACAUCUUGAACUAUAUUGAUCGUAACAAUAUUGCUAGUGCAAGAUUGGGUGGAUUAGAAAAAGAUUUGGGUUUAGUAGGAAACCAAUAUGAAAUUGUUAUUUCCGUGUUAUUUGUUGGUUACAUCUUGUUCCAAGUCCCUUCGAAUAUGUUGUUGAAUAGAUUGGGUCGUCCAUCUGCUUAUUUGGCUGUUGUCAUGACGCUUUGGGGUGCUAUUUCAACAUGUACAGCUGCCGUUCAAAAUUUUAGUGGGUUAGUUGCUAUUCGUGUCUUGCUUGGUGUGGUUGAGUCUGCAUUCUUUUGUAGUGCCUUAAUGAUCUUGUCUUCCUGGUACGAUAAAAAGACUUUGGCUUCAAGGAACUCGAUUUUAUAUGCUGGUUCAUUGAUCAGUUCCGCCUUUAGUGGAUUGCUAGCAGCUGGUAUUUUGGAAAUGGACGGUUUGGGAGGUAUAGAAGGAUGGAGAUAUUUAUUCAUCAUUGAAGGUGGUAUUACCGUCUUGACAGUUCCAUUUGCAUACUUUAUUUUACCAGACACUCCUCACAACACAAAGUUUUUGAGUCAGCAAGAGAAAGACAUCAUUCAGUGGAAAUUAAAGAGAGAUUUGGGAGAUGUUGACGACUCUGAUGCAGAAGCUAAAAUUAGUGACUGGGAAGGUUUCAAAUUGGCAGUGACGGAUACAAAGAUGUGGAUGCUCUGUGGUAUGCACAGUUUCUUGGUUGCUGCUUGUGGUGUCACCAAUUUCUUCCCCACCAUUGUUGGUACGUUGAACUUCAACCACACAAUUACCUUGUGUUUAACAGCCCCACCUUAUGUUGUUGCCGUUGUUGUUACCUAUUUCUGGGCUAGACAUGCCGACAAAACUGGAGAAAGAACAUUUCAUAUCAUCAUUCCAAUGAUCUUUGCUUUGGUGGCAUUUAUUAUUGCUGUUGCAACAUUGAACACAGGUGCUAGAUACUUUAGUAUGAUUCUUAUGAUUCCAAGUUUAUAUUCCGCUUUCGUUGUCAUUUUGACGUGGAUUUCAAAUUCAUGUCCUAGACCGCCAGCCAAGAGAGCAGUUGCUAUUGCUUUGGUCAAUUGUUUGAGUAACUCAACAUCAAUUUGGAACUCGUAUUUGUAUCCUUCAAGUGACGGACCACGUUACGUCAAAGCAAUGAGCUGUAACAUCGCAUUCCUUGUUUUGGCUAUUCUUUUUGUUAUCAUGUUGAGAAUUAGGUUGAUGGUAUUGAACAAGAAGAUUGAAAGAGGCACCAUGGACUGGCAAAAAGAAUUGGGUAAAGGUAACGAUGGAUCAAAGAUCUCAGCCGAUUUUAGAUACUUAUACUAG